UUAAACCAAACUGCCGCAAAGAAAUUUGUAAUUGUUGUUCGGAGGAAAAAAGAAAACGAACAACCUCAGCUGACCCGUUUGUGAAGUCUCACUUGUCAGUAGUCAUUUGAAGCCAAAUCUAUCUAUUAUGUUUAAAACACUGAAACAGAUUGCUGAAACGGGAAGGAAGAUCGAACCGAUGAAAUUAGCGACGGUAUGCGGAGCUUUGAUAAUAUUCUUAAUCGUAUCAUCAUCAUCUACCAAUUGCGAACCCGACGGCAAAGGAGAAUGGCAGAUCCUCACCAAACAGAACUUCUCUUCUCAGAUCAGGCUCCAUCCGCACAUUCUCCUCUUAGUCUCCGUGCCCUGGUCAGGAGAAUCACGAUCACUGAUGAAGGAAAUAAGCCAUUUGGUUAUCGAAAGGCAAGAGAAGGAAUUUGGGUCUCUCAAGUUGAUGUAUAUGCACAGAAACAAAGAGAAAGUGCUAGCGGACGCUAUUGGAGCUGCAGAGGGAGUAACGAUCUUGUAUUAUCAUCACUCUUUAUCUUAUAAAUAUAAAGGCAAAUAUGUGGCUAGAAAUAUACUCUCUAGUAUUCUUCCUUAUAUGUCAAUGUCGCCUGAAGAAAUUCCCCUUAAAGCAUUGAAUACUCAGGAGGAACUGAAUUUGUUCCUUGAAUCCACGGACAAGGCUUUGCUUCUCCUUGAAUUUUGUGGAUGGACGCCUAAAUUGCUGGCUAGCAAGAACAGGAACGGAACUGAAACGGGGGUUUUUGCUGGAGUUAGCUUCAAUGGAGAUCCUGAUGGAAUUCCUGUACCUAGAGGGCAGGAGAACCUGAAGGUGGCUGUUGCAGGGGAUGGAAAGUGAGAACUUAAAAUGUGGUAUCCAAGAUGGGUUUAGUGGAAUUCCUUGGAUUGUGGAAUUGAGCUCAGUAAAUAGUAGUUCUCCUCUACCUGACACUCAGGAUAUAGAGCCUAGUGAUGGAUUGUCUUCUUGUACCUUUGAAGAGUUUCAGCAAUUUGAUUCUUUCUUCUCAGGGUUCAUUAAUGUUGCAAGAGAAUUCUUUCUACCUUCUGAAAGGUACAGAUUUGGUCUAGUUUCUGAGAGAUCAUUGCUUUCAUCUCUUGGUAUUGGAGAUUCUGGUUCAUGGUCGACAAUGCUUUACUUUAAUGGAUGUCCAAGCUGUUCAAAGAUUUUGAAAGAAGGGGAUGACCUAAAGGCUGUUCUACUGAUGGAUGAAUCAAUAGUUACAGAGCUGGAAGGGAAUGGACAAGAUCUCACUGUACCUGCACAUAAGCCAUCAGUGCUUCUUUUUGUCGACAGAUUCUCUGACUCCUCAGAAACGAAAAGGAGUAGCAAUGAGGCUCUUGGCAUAUUAAGAAAAUUAGCACUGCAAUAUCAGAUUUCAGAUCAAUCAACUCAAGAUAGUGGUGACAAGUCUGAAAGAUCUUCUGUCCAAGCUUUUCAAGAAUAUAGUACAUCUGCACACCCUAGGUUAAAGUUAUCUCCAAUGGCUCAGAAGAUUAAAUUGAAGGAGAAGAUGUCUGUUGUGAUAGUAAAUGAAGGUAACCAUGCCAUUUUAGAGAAUUUUGCAUCAGAUUCGCAGGGCAGUUCCUUGCAGGAAGUAUUGGCGUACCUUCUUCAGCAAAAGAAGGAAGCAAAAUUAAGUUCAGUUGCCAAGGAAGUGGGUUUUCAGCUUUUAUCUGAAGAUAUCGACAUUAAACUAACAGAUAAGUUACCAUCAGAACCACAGAUAGAGUCUACAGAAGUUUCAGCUGAACCAAUUGAGGAAGGCCUUGACAGAACUAUCGUUGAUCUGGAUGAAGUUUCUGCUUCGAAUCAGGACAGAAGUUCACCACCUACUAACAUUAAAUACUCUUCACAAGAUGAACAGAAGAGAACUUUUAUUGAAAAAAGUAGACACUUACCAUCUGUAAAACCUGACCAAAUAGUAUCAGAUGAUGUACAAGCUCUUUCAGGAGUAAAUGCAGAAGAGAAGUGUUCUACACAAGUGGACCCUGACCAAAUAGUAUCAGAUGAUGCACAAGCUCUUUCAGGAGUAAAUGCAGAAGAGAAGUGUUCUACACAAGUGGACCCUGACCAAAUAGUAUCAGAUGAUGCACAAGCUCUUUCAGGAGUAAAUGCAGAAGAGAAGUGUUCUACACAAGUGGACCCUGACCAAAUAGUAUCAGAUGAUGCACAAGCUCUUUCAGGAGUAAAUGCAGAAGAGAAGUGUUCUACACAAGUGGACCAGUUGGAGGAAGAACAGCUUCACUUUCAAAAUUUUAAGGGUUCUUUCUUCUUUUCUGAUGGAAACUACAGAUUGCUAAAAGCUUUAACUGGUGGAACAAGGAUUCCAUCCUUGGUAAUAAUUGAUCCCCUUUCCCAGCAGCAUUACGUUUUUGCUGAGGAGAUGGUUUUCAACUAUUCCCCACUGAAAGAUUUUCUUUAUAGUUUUCUCAAAGGAACUCUUAUCCCAUACCAACGCUCAGAUUCUGAACUUGAAAACCCUAGAGAAGGAAGUCAUCCGCCUUUUGUUAAUAUGGAUUUUCAUGAGGCAAAUUCCAUUCCUCAAGUUACAUCUCGAAGUUUCUCUGAGCAGUUUCUAGGUUCAAACCAAUCGAAUGACAAUGUGGUCCGUGCUCGGAAAGAGGAUGUUCUGGUCCUGUUUAGUAAUAGUUGGUGUGGAUUUUGCCAGAGAAUGGAAUUAAUUGUUCGUGACGUAUAUCGGGCCAUAAAAGGAUACGGCAGUAUGUUGAAGACAGGGUCUAGCAAUGGGGAAACAGUGGAUAGUGGUGAGAAUAUGAAAAGUGGCCUUUUGAAGUUUCCAAAAAUCUACUUAAUGGAUUGCACAUUGAAUGACUGCAGUCUGAUUCUCAAAUCAAUAAAUCAGAGGGAUGUUUACCCCACUCUGUUGUUAUUUCCAGCAGAAAGGAAGGCUGCUGUCCCUUAUGAUGGAGACUUGGCGGUAGUGGAUGUUAUCAAGUUUAUAGCUGAUCAUGGUAGUAGCUCUCAACAUCUCACUAGUGAGAAGGGGAUACUUUGGUCCAUAGCUGGAAAAGGUAGCAGAAAUCAUUUUAAGGAUGCAUUACCCACUGCAAUUCAUGAGGAAGCUCCUGUUGAAAAGGACAAAUCCCAAGAAGUCCUAUUAAAGAACCGGACACUGAAGAAACCUGCAGAAUAUAGUCAGAUCAGAUCUCGCACAUCCAAAAAUAUGCAUGAAACAAUUCCUCAUAUAGUGGUUGGAUCAAUCCUUGUGGCUACUGAAAAAAUUAGCACACAACCAUUUGACAAAUCACAGGUUCUCAUUGUGAAGGCAGAUCAACGUACAGGAUUCCAAGGUCUGAUAUAUAAUAAGCUAAUCAAGUGGGAUUCUCUUGAUGAACUGGAGCAAGGGUUAGAACUGCUGAAAGAGGCUCCUCUUUCUUUUGGUGGUCCACUUAUAAAACGUGGAAUGCCUUUUGUUGCUCUAACAAGAAGGAUAGUCAAUGAUCAAUACCCAGAAAUUGUACCAGGCAUAUACUUCCUCGAUCAAUUAGCCACACUUCAUGAAAUUGAAGAGCUUAAGUCAGGAAAUCAAUCCGUAUCCGAUUACUGGUUUUUCAUGGGAUUUUCGAAGUGGGUCUGGAACCAGUUGUUUGAUGAGAUUGCUGAAGGAGCUUGGUUUGUAAGUGUGAACAAAACAGAACAUUUAGAUUGGCCCUGAUGGUUUGCUUGAGGUGUGUUUUAUUGUACUGUAGUAUAAUAGAGCUUUGAAGUUUCUCAAACAGGAACUAUUAAGGAGCAGCCAACCAUAGAAAGCAGUUUAUAGCGAAGAGAUUAACCAAAAGCAGCACAGGUUUUGUUUCUUGUAGAAAUGAAUUUGCUGGCACUAAUUUUAGAUGUGAAUUAUGUGAUUCUCUUUAUUUUACUAACUUGCUUGAUUUUCUUCUUGUCAUACCCUAGGCGGUGCAUUGAACUUCCCCUUCUUUAUAUUCUACCAAGACAAUAGACUUGCCAAAAAAGAGCAUUUUGUAACUAGUGACUGAAUUUUGCCCGUAUUGGAAGAAAAGAGUCAAUUGUAUUAUUUUAAUUUUAUAUAAUUAUUGUCAAACUAGAGCAUUGCAUA